UCCUCUACCGGAGCACACAGCGGCUACCCGAACUAGAGAGGAGGAGCGACGCAGCAGCAGGCUGACAGACAGCGGUUCUACUAUCUUCCAUAAUGUAGACCCAACAGAGAGUACGCUACAUUGACCCAAGCGCACCGAGCUUUGGUGGAAAUACCUGCGGAGCGAGGCGUCUUUCUUUGGAGAAAAUGAAGGACCUGACGGGCUGCGGAAUGCGCUCCUCGGUGGGCUUUCUGUCCCGCAGGGAGCUGACAGGUCAGCCGCUCAUGAUGGAGGAAUUCCAGAGACGCAGGCUGGCUGGCUGCACCAGCCUCUACAAGAAAAACAUGGAGGGACAUUUUGGCUGCGUCAAUGCCAUAGAGUUUUCCAAUAACGGCGGAGAGUGGUUGGUGUCCGGAGGAGAUGACAGACGAGUGCUGCUGUGGCACAUGGAGAAAGCCAUUCACUCCCAUUCAAAGCCAGUAAAGCUGAAGGGAGAGCACCUCUCCAACAUCUUCUGCCUGGCUUUUGACAGCACCAACAAAAGGGUCUUCUCUGGUGGAAAUGAUGAACAAGUGAUUCUUCAUGAUGUAGAAAGACGGGAAACUCUGAAUGUGUUCCUGCAUAUCGACGCUGUGUACAGUCUCUCCGUCAGCCCGGUCAACGACAACGUGUUUGCCAGCUCCUCCGAUGAUGGUCGCGUUCUCAUCUGGGACACCCGCGAGCCGUCACACGGAGAGCCGUUCUGCCUGGCUAGCUACCCAUCAGCCUUCCACAGUGUGAUGUUUAACCCCGUGGAGCCUCGGCUGCUCGCCACAGCCAACUCUAAAGAGGGCGUUGGAUUGUGGGACAUCCGUAAGCCACGCAGCUCGCUGCUCCGUUAUGGAGGCAGCAUGUCUUUGCAGAGCGCCAUGAGCGUUCGCUUCAACAGCACAGGAACUCAGCUGCUGGCUCUCCGGCGCCGUCUGCCGCCCGUGCUCUACGAGCUGCACUCCCGCCUGCCCAGCUUCCAGUUUGACAACCAGGGCUACUUCAACUCGUGCACCAUGAAGAGCUGCUGCUUUGCCGGGGACAAAGAUCAGUACAUCCUGUCUGGAUCGGAUGACUUCAACCUUUACAUGUGGAAGAUCCCAAACGACCCAGAAGCAGGAGGCCCUGGUCGAGUGGUGAAUGGAGCUUUCAUGGUUCUGAAGGGCCACCGCUCCAUAGUCAACCAGGUUCGCUUUAACCCUCACACCUACAUGAUCUGCUCCUCUGGUGUGGAGAAAGUCAUCAAGCUGUGGAGUCCCUACCAGCAGCCUGACAGUGAGGGGGACCUGGAGAGCCGGGUGGAGGACAAAUCACGCAGCCUCUACUCCCACGAGGAGUACAUCAACCUGGUGCUGAACAGCGGCAGUGGGCUGUCCCACGACUACAUCACCCAGUCUAUAGAGGAGGACCCACGCAUGAUGGCUUUCUUUGACUCCUUGGUACGCCGAGAGAUCGAGGGCUGGAGCUCAGACUCUGACAGUGAUCUGAGUGAGGGUGCCAUCAUGCAGCUUCAUGCUCGUGGGCGCCGUUCCACACGGGCCACAUCAGCAGCUCCUGCUGCUGCCACAGCCACGACUACUGCUACUUCUGAGCACCGCAGUGACUCGGAUAACUCCUCUUCCUCCUUUUUGGCUGGACCCGAUGGUUCAGGAGGGGACGAACCAGGCAGAGAGGAUGGGGAGGAGUGCCCCAGGAGACGAAGGAGGCCGCAUCAUCAGUCGGGCUUCCUGGUGAAUGAAGAUUCAGACUCAAGUGAAUUUUGGCUUGACCCCAUGCCCCGUCCUCGAUCCCCUAGUCCCAGGGACAACUCCACCCUCUCCAGCGCUACAUCCUCACCUUCUCUUCCUGCCGGAGCCUCCAGCUCAUCCACGUCCACAUCCACUUCCAGUUCCAGCAGUGACGAUGAGGAGCGGCGCAGCUCGGUGAGGCGCCAAAACGUCAUGAGGCGUCAGCGCAUGCAGGUGGUCCUUAGAGGUGCGACUCCUCAGAGGUCCAUCCAGGCUCUGUUCUCAGCGAUUGACUCCUGCAACUACCCAUCGAUCUCAGUCGAUGAGGUGUCGUCGUCCUCUUCAGCUGAGGAACAAAACUCCCUCCAAAUCAAGCCGCAAACCGUCGGCGUCACGGAGGAGGACAAGUGUCUGAGUCCAUCUGACUUUGUGUGUCCAAGUCCAGAAAUGUCUCCUCAGAGUCACGUGAAUGAGGACGAGGACAGGACAGAGCAGGACAGACACACUUCUGCUUCUCCCCUGUUGCUGGAGGCCUACAGGACUGAUGGUCUGGAGCCGGUUUUAGUCAGCCCUGAUAGUGGAGAGGCCACCAGGAGCUCGGCGGCAGCAGACAGCAGCCCCCAGAGCCGACCCGGUUCGGGGAUAAACGGGCAGCACCGGCCUGUGACUCCAGCUAACCCAUGUGUGUCCUCGGAGUCGGAGGAAGAGACUGCAGCUGAAGACCGGAGGAGAGAGAAGGGCUCUCUGAAACGGACUCACACAGGUUCAGAGCGGCGAGCCGAGAGAGCCGAGCUCCUCCCACACACAAAGAGCUGAAGCUGCCUCCUGAUCUAAAACAACUUUUUUGUUAGGAACUGAAUUUUCUAUGUUUUGUUUUUUGUUUUUCUACACUCCAGCUUUUUCAGUGUUUGACUCGUCAUGUAACGAGAUCUGCUGAUGAGCUGGAGAUGUUAAAAAGGAAAGCGUGAUGGAUGUUUGUUCUAUCGUUUAGAUCAAAUAGUUGGGACAGUGUUGCCAUCCUUUAGGUCUAACCUCAGAUUACAUCCAGCUGUACAUAAGCUAGCUGUUGUUCUAAGUGACAAGCAUUUAUUUUAUGUGGUUCUAGUGUUUGCUUUUAUGUUUCUUCUGCUCUGGUUGCUGCAGAAAGCUCCACCUAGAUCGAGUCGAUCCACAACGGAACUCCUGCAUUUCAUUCUGAGCUCAGCUUUGGGUUUGUCGGUAUUUUAAGUGUUUCUAUGCUGACACUAAUUUAGGGUGCCUGAAGAAGUUGCUGCCUGGAGGGAAUCGGUUAGUAUAAACUGCAUUGGAAAUAUGCUAACAGAGAUGUGUGUGUGUGUGUUUCAUGAUUCAGUUCCUAGGUUCUGUUACAAAACCGUUCUCUUUUAUUUUCUUGACACGAAACAAAAUUGAGUUCUUCUGUGGCAAACGGGCCGUUCUGAUCCAGAAGCUGUGGACGGUUUCAUAAAUUGUUUCAUCAUCCUGAAACACAUCGACGGUUUAAAAGGAUUGAAAACAAACAGCUUUAUUUAAGUUUAGAGUUCUGUCAACAUGGACUCAACGCUGUGGUGACGGUGACAUGAAGACGGUUCAUCCCGGGUAGCCAGUGUCGGCGGCUUUAAUUUAAAAUGAUGUAAUAAGUUAUGAAUCUUCAGUGUGUGAGCUGUCAUGGGUAAAUGGAUGUUUCGGCCAUUUUGAAGUGUUUCUGUGUAAAAACAAUAAAUAAUUCCUAUCUUAUAAUAGCUUCUUCAACAACCUCUUCUCACAGGACUGAUAAGCUAACGACUAGUUAAAAGACUGAAGGUAAUUGCUGCUCUUUAAACAGCUCUUCAAAACUUCACAACGGUUCAGGUUAAUUUUGUUUAGUAAACCUUAAGUUUUACAUCAUACAGGUAUUGCUGCUGGUGCUUUUGGUUAUUUACAGAGGUGAAAAUCACCAGAAGCUCCAAGAAGAAGCCCUUGUUCUGCAUCAACUAGGGAUUUUAAAUUCAGUCAUUCAGUAGUUUGUUGGAAAUGUGAGCGAGCAAAAUGUGUUUCUCAAGCCAGCCUAGAAAAAUAAGUACUAACAAUAACGAAGAAAUAAGUUACAGUUGUACUAGUGACCCUCUGCCUGAGGAAAAGAGGGUGAAUAGCUCCUGGGCUUCUGUGAUCUGCUUCCUGUGAGUUGGGUCAGUCAGAACCACCAACAGCUGCUGUCCUAAAACAAACCCAGCCAUAAUUUCACAACCGUUGAUGCAGAUAUAAUUUAUGAAUCUAUACCAUCGUGUUUUAUACUUCUAACUGUUGCAGAUUUUACUGCCGGAUGCAUCAGCGAUUACAUUUAAAUAAUCUGUCCAGAAGAUGGUCCAGAAUGCUUAUAAAGACCGGAACUGUUUAUAACUUAAAAAUGGCGUAAAUUAACCUUUAAUGAUCAGUUUGAAUUCAGAUAUGUAAUGUUUUUAAUGAGAGGGUUGUUCUUAUUUUAUUUUAUGAAGCUGUGACAAAUUUGUUUUAUUAAAAAAUGGACGACAGUUAUGUAUUUACAUACUGACUUCCAGUGGCGCCCCCAAGGGGUGGCUGUCCACACCCAGUGAAAAGCAGUGUUCUUUAAUAAGUCCGAUUAUUACUGUUGUUGUUUUUUUAAGUGAAAAUGAAUAAAGGAGCAUUUAUUGCAUCACUACAGGUUAAACUUCCCCAGAGUUACCACAAAGAUCAAUUUGGCGUGCCACCCCAAAUUUUUCUUUGGCGCCAAGGCCACCCUCAUGAAACCUUUCUGGGGGCUCCACUGCUGACUUGAGAUGAACUAAAAUAAGUUAGUUUUGCACAAUUUCUCGUAAACCUUCCAACUUCCCUAAAGUUUAGACCUUCAUGUCAAUCUGAGAGGUUUUCACUGAGGAUUAAUACCUUAUUCUCACCCAUGUAAAUCUGUAAUUUCACUCAUGGAAGGAACUUUGCAAUAAACUUAAAAUGUGAAUUUUUAAAUAAAUGUCUGAUGUUUAAAUGAG